CCAAUUGCUUUGGAGCGCGCCGGACCCCGGGAGCCAAGUCCGGGCUGCGCAGGAGCCUGAGCGCGGGAGUUGGCGCGUUGGAGCCAUGGUGGGCUAUCUGAGCGAGGGGGCCAUUGCGGCCAUAAUGCAACAGGGAGAUACAUCCAUAAAACCCAUCCUCCAAGUCAUUAACAUUCGUCCCAUUACUACAGGGAAUAGUCCACCCCGUUAUCGACUGCUUAUGAGUGAUGGAUUGAACACUCUAUCCUCUUUCAUGUUGGCAACACAGUUGAACCCCCUUGUUGAGGAAGAACGGCUGUCCAGCAACUGUAUUUGCCAGGUUAACCGGUUUAUUGUUAACACUCUGAAAGAUGGAAGGAGAGUAGUUAUUUUGAUGGAGUUAGAAGUUUUGAAGUCAGCUGAAGCAGUUGGAGUAAAGAUUGGCAACCCAGUGCCCUAUAAUGAAGGACACGGGCAGCAGCAAGUAGUUCCUUCUCCAGUCUCAGCAGCCAGUCCGCCAACCAGCAAGCCCCAGCCACAGAAUGGGAGCUCAGGAAUGGGUUCCACUGUAUCUAAGGCUUAUGGUGCCUCAAAGACUUUUGGAAAAGCUGGAGGUGCCAGCCUUGUGAACAGUUCUGGGGGAACACAGGCCAAAGUGGUGCCCAUUGCCAGCCUCACCCCUUACCAAUCCAAGUGGACUAUUUGUGCUCGUGUCACCAACAAAAGUCAGAUCCGCACCUGGAGCAACUCCCGGGGGGAAGGGAAGCUCUUCUCCAUAGAACUAGUUGAUGAAAGUGGUGAAAUCAGAGCUACUGCUUUCAAUGAGCAAGCAGACAAGUUCUUUCCCCUUCUUGACGUGAACAAGGUCUAUUAUUUCUCUAAAGGCACUCUGAAGAUUGCUAACAAACAGUUCACAGCUGUUAAAAAUGACUAUGAGAUGACCUUCAAUAAUGAGACUUCAGUGAUGCCCUGUGAAGAUGACCAUCACUUACCUACAGUUCAGUUUGAUUUCACAGGGAUUGGUGAGCUGGAGAACAAGCCUAAAGACUCACUUGUAGACAUAAUUGGGAUCUGCAAGAGCUAUGAAGAUGCCACUAAAAUCACAGUGAAGUCUAACAACAGAGAAGUUUCUAAGAGAAAUAUCUAUCUGAUGGACACCUCAGGGAAAGUGGUGACCGCUACUCUGUGGGGAGAAGAUGCUGAUAGGUUUGAUGGUUCUAGACAACCCGUGAUGGCUAUCAAAGGAGCCAGAGUUUCUGAUUUUGGUGGACGGAGCCUCUCUGUGCUGUCUUCGAGCACGGUCAUUAUGAAUCCUGACAUCUCAGAGGCUUACAAGCUCCGUGGAUGGUUUGACUCAGAAGGACAAGCCUUAGAUGGUGUUUCCAUCUCUGAUCUAAAGGGUGGAGGAACAGGAGGGAGCAACACCAACUGGAAAACUUUAUAUGAGGUUAAAUCGGAGAACCUGGGCCAAGGUGACAAGGCGGACUAUUUUAGCUCUGUGGCGACAGUGGUGUAUCUUCGCAAAGAGAACUGUAUGUAUCAGGCCUGCCCAUCUCAGGACUGCAAUAAGAAAGUGAUUGAUCAGCAGAAUGGAUUAUACCGCUGUGAGAAGUGUGACAGUGAAUUUCCCAGUUUCAAGUACCGCAUGAUCCUGUCAGUAAAUAUUGCUGAUUUUCAAGAGAAUCAGUGGGUCACUUGUUUCCAGGAGUCUGCAGAGGCCAUCCUUGGACAAAACGCUGCUUAUCUCGGGGAGUUAAAAGAGAAGAAUGAGCAGGCAUUUGAGGAAGUUUUCCAGAAUGCCAACUUCCGAUCUUUCACAUUCAGGAUCAGGGUCAAACUAGAGACCUUCAAUGAUGAGUCUCGAAUUAAGGCCACUGUGAUGGACGUGAAGCCCGUGGACUACAGAGAAUAUGGCAGAAGGCUGAUCAUGAACAUCAGGAAAAACGCACUAAUGUGAGAAGAGCAGUGCUGAUUGGGCAGAAGUUUGAAAAUAAAGAGCCGAAAUGAAAUUGAUUUCUUUCUACCCCCUGUGUGACAAUUCCACAUUAGCUACACAGAGCGUAGAGCUUCUUUAUGGUGGAUUAAGCAAUUUCCUUCCUUAUAUGCGUCUUGAAACCAUUGGUAGGCAAAGGGAGGUGUGCUCAGAGACUGUGGUGUAAACUGUCGGACCUAGGGGUCCAGCUGACAGGCAGUGCAGUACCAGUCCCUCCCUCUAUCUUCAGGCUUUUGUCAGUCUUAUGGAGAUUUCAUUAUCUUCAAGCAGGAAUUAUGUUGCAAGUAAAUUGACCCUAAAUCUGCAGACAGUGAAAUAAAUUAUGUAACUAGGUUUCUGCUCCAUUGGUGACAUUUCUGCAACUUGGGUUCCUUCUCGGGAGGGAGAGCCGACAAGUGGUUGUGCUGAACCUGGGUGUUUUAGUAAGCGCGUCUUCCUAGAAUUCAAAGGCGCUCUCUUUCUAGAGGUGCCACAUAGUUGUUAAUGCUCAGAAUGGCAAUAGGGUAGAAUUAUUAAUCAAAGACAUAUCUUUUAUAUCUGAAGAUAGCCUUCCUUCAGGGUUUAAUAGACUGAGUCAGAUGGGUCUGAUAUUAAUCAAAAUUGUCUCUUCUGAGGAAGGCUGAUAAGCAUUGACUUGCUGUCCCCCAGGGACAUCCAGGCAACUACAAAGCCUUGCUUUAGUUUCACUUCAAUUAAUGUUGCAUUUUGGUUGGUGAAUGCACACUUUUUCUACCUGUACAUAUUUCUUGCGUUUGUAUGUUUCAUUUCUUGAUUAAAGCUAUGUUAAAAAUAGAAGGGAUUUUGAAGGAAGAAGCCCUUUGUUUCUUUUGCUUUGUUUUAAUAAACAGUAUAUUCUCUG